CAACGUGGAUUAAAACAUUAACAAACGUCCCAAGACCAAGGUACAAAGUGCAGCAGGUUUUGUUUGGCUGCAAGUUUUUCUCAUGACUCUCUUAGGUAAAAAUACAUGUAUACUUUAGUUAGCCUGGGACAGAACUACUACUAUACUCAAAAUACUGGUGUUAGCAUGUGGUUAACACAUGCUAGCAAUGGUUGCGUCCCUAACCCAUCAGUUUCCAGACCGUCAUGUCGGACACACCACAGACCGGGUGGAACACAGAACACGCGUGUGUUUUAGUACACAGAUGUCACCAGGGGUUCCUCUGGAUUCACACGGUCUUUGGUUGAACAGACAGUCCGGAGUCAGCAGCUAGCUGGGUUGAAUGGAGGCUCUAUUACAGGAACAUGUUGGCUCUGCUUUGCCUCUAAAUGAGUUUUUGUUUGUUACUUUUAGAACCAAGCUGGCGUCACGUAAAUGAAAAACCACUUUAUGUCUGGAGAGCGUUCAGCACAAAAUAGAACCUCAAAGUCUGGCGUCCUCUGCCUGCUUCUCUGAGUUGAGGUUAUUUUAGAGACAUAACAGAAAGGACUUUGUUUUUCUUGGCGCGGUCCCGCCCCUCUUGACGGGUGGGCGGACCUCCUUUCGCUGGUUAAUCUGCUUGGCAGCGAGGGGCGCAGCACGUCCUAAUGGUUCCACGCGGCCGCCUGGCGUUCCAGUAAUUUACGCCCCGACAUGAGGUGCGCCUGCUGCAGCCUGGGCGGGUUCUGAGUCACCUCCAAACGGCGUGCGCUCUCACACACGUGAGGCGUCAUCUGCACGCCUGACGCAGAGCCAGCUGGGUCACAAUGUUCUGAAAGCUGCUUGUUCUUUAUUUGGUGCCUGAAGUGUUUGUCUUCUGGUCGACAAUGGUUCUGUUGGUGACGGCUGGUCUUCCAGGGUUUCUUCUUCAUUUGCCUCCUCUCUACCUGUCCUCUCUUUCUCUUUGGUUAGAUUUGGUCCAUCAUGGAGCAGUUCAACCCGUGUCUGAGGAACUUCAUCGCCAUGGCCAAGAGCUACGAGAAGGCGCUCAACAGUGUCACAUUCGCGGCAAAGGGCUACUUCGACGCUCUGGUGCGGAUGGGCGAGAUGGCCAGCGAAAGCCAAGGCUCUAAGGAUCUUGAAGAGGCAGCAUGGGACGUUCUCUUCCAGAUGGCUGAGGUGCACAGACAGAUCCAGAUCCAGCUGGAAGAGAUGCUGAAAUCGUUCCACAACGAGCUGCUGACGGAGCUGGAGAAGAAGGUGGAGCUGGACGCCCGCUACCUGAACGCGGCGCUCAAGAAGUACCAGACGGAGCACAAGAGCAAAGGGGAGAGUCUGGAGAAGAGCCAGGCGGAGCUGAAGAAGCUGCGCCGGAAGAGCCAGGGCAGCAAACACCCGUCCAAGUACGGAGACAAGGAGAUGCAGUACGUGGAGGCCAUCAGCAACAAGCAGAGCGAGCUGGACAACUACAUCGCAGAGGGCUACAAGAACGCUCUGUCCGAGGAGAGGAGGCGGUACUGCUUCCUGGUGGACCGCCAGUGCGCCGUGGCCAAAACCAGCAGCAGCUUCCACAGCAAGGGAAAGGAGCUGCUGUCCCAGAAAGUCCCGCUGUGGACGCAGGCGUGCGCCGAACCCAACAGACUGCCGGACCGCGCCAUGUUCCUGGCUCAGCAGAUGAGCGGCUCCAUGCCCCCGGGGCCCCAUCAUCACCCCGGCAUCCCCGAUCCCAGCUCCGGCGCCAAGCCCCUGCCAGUGCCGCCAGAGCUGGCCGCUCUCAGGGCGAGCGGCGCCAUGGGGCAGCAGAGGCUGAUGGGAGGUGUGGAUGGGGGGGCGAUGAACGGGGCUGCAGGGGGGGAGGACUACCAGCAGUGGAUGGAGGCCAAAGUGGCGCAGGGCAAGACCUCGCCACAAACGCAGCGGCACGGGGCCGAGGUCUACUCCAACACCCUGCCGGUGCGCAAGGUCGCCCCCACCAAGGGCAAGGCCCCGCUGAUGGAGACCCGGACGCUGCCGCGCUCCAGCUCCAUGGCUGCGGGUCUGGAGAGGAACGGUAGGACUCGGGUUCAGGCCAUCUUCUCCCACGCCGCCGGAGACAACGGCACGCUGCUGAGCUUCGCGGAGGGCGACAUCGUGACCCUGCUGGUGCCCGAAGCCCGGGACGGCUGGCAUUACGGCGAGAACGAGAAGACAAGGCUGCGCGGCUGGUUCCCCUUCUCCUACACCCGCCUGAUCUCUGAGGCCGAUGGAGACACCAUGAAGCAGCUUCGAGUGCACAACCUCCACCUCGGGAAAAGCAGCAGCACCGGGAACCUUCUGGACCGAGAAGACAUGGCUCUCCCCGCCCCUGAUUACGGCCUCCACCCUCGUUUGGCUGCACAGAGCACCGCCACGCUUCACAGCAGGCCGCAGCGCCCUUACAGCAUGGCGGUGCCGGGCUUCUCGCAGCAGGGGACAGAAGAGUACGAGCCACGCUUCCCCACAAGAAACCCACCAGGCGAGCCCGCAGUGGGGGCUCCAGCCAGGCCCCCCCUCUCUGACGAUGAAGAAGAGGAGGAGGUCCAGCAGUCAGACGACGCUCACUAUGACUUCUUGGAGAAAACGUCCACCACCGCAGACGCGCCCGUCUCCAGCUUCUAGAAUGACUGAAGGUUUCAGCCUAAAGAAACAUUCAUCUGAAUUCAAUCAAAUCAAAUCUGAUCCAUAAAUGAAAGCAUCAAAAAUCACGAAGGAUCAUUUUCAGACGUGGUUCUACUAGUCAUGUCUGCAUGAAGUGUCUUUACUAUAAACACUUCAUGUAGACCAGACUCCUGUUUUCUUGAGGUUUCAAACAAACCCGCUGCAGUUGAAUUUCACUGUUUCUGAAGUUUAAAUCUACAUUUUUAGCAGGUUUUUCACAUUUGUUUCCUGCAGCAGAACGCUUCAGUUCUUCACGUUUAAAUGAAAAAAGCGUCUGAUGAAGCCAAACGGGGCGACUUUUUAUGGAGGUUUUUCUCCAUCAGAUUCGGAAUUUAUUGAACCUUUGAAUUUUCUUCCUGAAUUUUUUUUAAAACCCUUGAUUUUCAAACAGCAAAAUCUCAGGCCCCAAAAUAUUGUUUUCUAUGUUUCAGUGUUUUUAAUUUCCAGACUCAACAUUUUGAUUGAUGGCCCAGAAAGACGUGACUUCUAUCGUCUCACUAGAACAGCUGGUCCAUCUGAGAACAUCCAGCCAAUCAAAAUGUUGAGUCUCAAAAUUAAAAACACGGAAAUGUAUAAGAUAGAAAUUAAUAUUUCGGGGCAUAAAAUGUUGCUGUUUGAAAAUCAAGGGUUUAAAAAAAAUUCAGAAAGAAAAAGCAAAGAGUUAAAAAUUCAGAAUCUGAUGGAACAGAAAAACUUCCGUGACUUUUCCAAAAUUUCUGUGCUGAAAACCUGUUUUUCCCCUUUUUUAUGAAUAGAUGUUUGUUUGUUUUUCUGUGCAAAGUUCAGCCUGCUGGUCUCUGGCUGCAGAAGACAAAGAUUCACAUCAAAUUUAUAAAACAUUUACUUGUAAAUAAGGAAAUUUAAAACAUUACAUGUUCAGAAACUAUUCAAACUGUGAGGCUUGUGAUUAUUCCUUUAAGUGUUUGAAAUGUAAUGUAGAAACAUGAAAUGAAACUAAAAACAAGCAUCUGAUCAUUUUCAUCAAAGCACAAAAAUGCAGCAUUUAUACAAGUAAUACCAAUAAAGAGGAGACAAACCAAUAAUCAAUAUUACUACUAAUAAUGGCAGACAUGUGUUUACUGAUUAGUAGAUGUGGUUGAAGAUGAAUCAAAGCUACAAAAAAAGACGUUUUCAGUUGAUUUCAGAAAGUUUCUUUAAUUUUAGAUAAAAAUGUUUGAAUCCCGUACAUCAAAUGUGUUUAUGACUGAAAUACAAUGGAAAUCAGAGGAUCUCUAGGUAUUAAUGAAGGAUUUUCUCUCAUCACUGUUUUUUCUUCAGAAAAUGUGAGAUUUCUGUGAACGUUGCAGAUAAAAGCUGAAUCUGUAGAGUUUGAUGAACACGAAUCAGAACGUUGUGAUUUCAUGUCGAACAUACGGACGGAAUAAAUCUGAUCUUCAUCCAGA